AACCACGCGUGUUUACCUUGAGUUGAGUUACGUACGACAACGUGGGAAGUUAUAAUAAUGACUACUGUAUUUCAAACAAUGCCAACUUUUCUGGCAGGUCUCAAUAUUGCCAAUUUUGGAGCAGCUACAUCACAGUUUCCAAAACUGGAAAGUGAAAUAACGGCGCCUCGCCAGUCAAUGUCUACGGCAUUUCAAAAAAUGCCCACAUUCACAUCAGUGAUAAGUGUACCGAGUAUAGCCGCAAUUGCACCACAAAUGCCAAGUGUGAAGCCGGAAAAGGGUGUAAUUGGCCAAUGUUUAAUAUGUGGAGAACCUUCAACUGGAAAACAUUAUGGAAUCGUGGCGUGCCUUGGAUGCAAAACGUUUUUUCGAAGAGCAGUUGUCCAGCGUCAGGAUACAGAGUGCAAACGGGAAAAGCCAUGUGACGUCACUACAAUGGCAAGAAAAGCUUGCAGAGCUUGUCGAUAUAGGAAGUGCUUAGAAAGUGGAAUGAGCAAGGAAGCCCUUCAACCCCGUCGAGAUCUCAUCGGAUGCCGUCGUAUCCGUUCCCGCCCAAGCUGCUCAACAUCCACACCAACACCUCCAAGACCACAAGUCGAGGAUAAGUCACAGUAUUUGACACUUUUGGAAAAUCUCACGACUAUUGAUGAUAGGUUACGAAAAAAGAAACUGGAAGUGGUCGCCUCUAGACAAGCAGCAGUUGAUCUCGCAGUGCUGGCAAAGCAGGGAUGCAUGAGUAUUACCGACACAUCAGGACCAUCAACAUCUCGAUACGUCCCAGGAGGAACAUCCCCAAACGGAGGAGAUCAUAAAAUGAUGGUGAUGCUUGGAACCGAUAUCUCUGUAUCCACACAAUCCGAACUUUUGAUGAUGUUGGAAUGGACCAGAACUCUGCCAGUUUUUGCUAGUUUACCAGUACAAGAUAGAUCAGUUAUUCUUAAACGAUUUGCUGUUCAUUGUUUGAUUCUGGAGCAUGGCUAUUACACAGCACAGGCAAAUAUUGAUGACGUAUGGCUCAUCACAAAUGGAACUUGUAUGCCGAGAAAUGUCGAGAAGUUAGAGGAAGGAUGUAAAAUUUCCGUCUCCGCUGAUCGUCGAUGGCGUCAAGAGAAGCUGUACAAACAAAUGACUGAUUGUUGCAUCGAUGAAGUGGCCACUCCACUGAGAAAUCUCAAAUUGAGCCCACAGGAGAUUGUUGUCAUCAAGAUUAUUGUGCUCUUCAAUUGUGGAUGCUCUUCUGAUUACUCUGAAAUCACCGAAGCUUCUCGUCGCAUUGUGCUAACUUUCCGUAAUAAAGUUGUGUCAGCAUUAUUCGCUUAUUAUGAAAGUGUUGGACUGCAAAACUAUGCAGAAAGGUUCGGGAAUUUAGUUCUGAUGCUGUCCGGAGUUUCAUCGGCGGCAUCAUCAAUGUUGGAGGCUUAUCAAGUGAUGCGUCUAUUCAAAAUCACACCAUUCGAUCCACUUUCCCAGGAACUUCUGUUCAAUAUCUGAAAAUGUCUAAAAAUUAGACUUCUCAUAGCUUUUGUUUUGUUAAAUUUUCCUCUUUCUAUCUCCCAAAUAUCCCAGUGUAAAUAUCAAACUUGCUCAAAAAUGAUUCUUGCUCCGUGAUCACACAACUCAAAUACCUCGAUUUCCAAAAGAAUUUUUUAAUUGUACAUUUCCUCUCCCUCAACCAACCACACCUACGUAUCACUUGUCACUCUUUCUUUACGGGUAGCGAAUGUUAUAUUGAUUGUUAAUUAAAUAACUAAUUAAAUUGAGAGAAAAAAUGAAAGAAUUUUAUCUA